AUGGGAGGGUAUCUGAGCUCGUGGAACAAGAGCGAUCCCGCGGCCACAGGGAUGGCGCUCGAGAAAGCGAAGGAGAUCGUAUCGAACGACCCCGUCGUCGUCUUCAGGUCCGCCUCUACCCCCCCCAUCUCUCUCCCCUAGGGUUUACUUGCGGCUGCUGAACUCUCUCUCUCCAUUCAUCUCCUGCCUUCGGACGGGCCGGGCUUGUCUUCCUGGCCUCAGCAGUAGCUUCCGGGCGCCUCGUGUGAGGGCGCGUUGCCUUGCUCAGUCGCAAUGGAAAUCAAAGAUCACGAUACGAGGGAUUGCGGUUUACAGUCUGCAAUCCCGAGCUGUGUGGAGUUUCCUUUUCUGGAUCAGGAAUUUAGAAAACCCUAGAUCGCAUAAUCGUUGGAAGAAAGACAUAGAGGAAAGAUCCGAUUCAAUAAUCUCUAGUUUGUGUGUAUUGGAAACAAGGCUGUAGUAGAAACCCGCUUCAUGGGAGUUAUCGGGACUUCUGCUCGAUUCGGCAGAUCGUUGACUUUAAUUCCGACGAGCAAAAUCCGAAAGAGUUGACUUCCCCAGGGAGACCAUGAUCAGUACUUGCUGAUAAUCACCCAAGAGAAGCUCACCCGACCCUAAUCUCUGAGUCUCUAGCCUUCUAAUUAUUCCAAAAAACAUCUCAUCCUGUCAACCGAUUAAUCUAGAGAACUUUUUUUUUUCCUAAAUUUUCAAGAUUGCCUUGAUUAUCUUCAACCCGAGUCGCAACUUAGGGACACUUUCUCUCUCUUCAGUGCCCAGAAGAGCUUUGCUAUGAAUGCCCCCAUGCUAGAUAGAAAGAGUUGUUGAGGAGUAGCAAUCUUUGUACCACAGAAACAGUUCACAUCUGUUGGUUUAGCUCAUGGUUGGGUCCCUGCAUUUCCUUCAACUGCUUCUAUUUUUAGCCUGCUUUGACUUCCAUCGCAACACUACAAUUUUGACCUAAUCUUCAUGGGAUCCUAUGAUCCAUACAGAGCUUGACUUUGCCAUCAUUCCUGCCUUGCUAUAAUUUCUCCAGAAGUCAAUUCUCCCCAUCCAUGCUGAAAUUUCUAUUUCUAGUUAGGAUUUUUGGGUCAUCUAUCUAAGAAUCCUUCAAGAAUUAGUGGAAUCAUUUUUAUUAUAACUUAAUGCGCAACCCUACAUGUGUGAGCUGACUUUGGGUGUCUUCGAUUGGUCACCAUAACCGCCAUCAGUUCUGAUACCAUGUUAGAAUUAUCUGGUCAACUCUGUCAAAAACCGAUUAAAAAAAAAGAAAAACAGAAAAAAAAAGAUGGAUCUCAUCUUUAUAUAACCAGAGAUCGAACAUUCUUGACGGCCCUGAUUGAUGCGUCUCUGGUGUUCUACAGCAAGUCGUACUGCCCCUACUGCACACGCGUUAAGAAGCUGCUGAGACAGUUGGGAGCAAGCUACAAGGUCGUCGAAUUGGAUGCAGAAAGUAAGCUUCUUUUUUUUUUUUCUUAAACCCUUUUCCAUUUUUGGCAAGCAAACAUCGCUGGCGGAAAUGAGCAUCGGUUCUGGGGAUCGCUAUGGCUGCUGAGCUCCUGACAUUUCUUCCAAUCUCCAAAAAUUUUUGUCCUUUUUUCUGUCUUUUUGGGUAAUUAUUUUCUGAUGGUUGACUUUGUGGGUGAAAAAUAUCUGGCACCAACUAUCCUCAGCUCCUUUCUUGUUCAAUCUUUCUAUCUAUAUCAUCCUGGGUUGCAUCAAACACGUUGAAACAUUGACCAAGGACUGGCUGAAUGUGUAUAAGCCGGGUCUUCCAUGCGUUGACCAUGACCCACUCUCAUAUAACCUCUUUUCAGGCGACGGGUCCCACAUACAGUCGGCCCUGGCGGAGUGGACUGGGCAGCGGACUGUUCCCAAUGUGUUCAUCGGCGGGAACCACAUCGGCGGCUGCGACAGUGAGACCGCUCGACCCACCCAAUUUUCCAAUGCUCCCACCUUGUUGGAGACCGCGCCUGAUCCUGUGAUCUUCUCCUCCUUCCUCUGUCAUUGGCAGCUGUGACGGAGAUCCACAGGGGCGGGAAGCUGGUGCCUCUUCUCUCACAGGCAGGAGCCCUCGCCGGCCCAGCUGCAUAG